AUGGUAGAUAAUUUGCCCAAUCAUGCAAUCUACUACUGCAGAGAUGUGAAGUUUGACCAUCUGUCUGUGGAUGAUAUGCUGUUGACAUUGCCGAUUUGA